GAAAACGACUGAGUCCAUCUCAUAGACCAAACAAACAAACAAACCACGGAAAAACCCUAGUGGCUUCCAACCACAAACCAUUUCCAACCAAGCGAGAAGCGAGGGUUUACCUUCGCAACUUCACACACAAAUUUCCCCCUUCCUUCAAUGUUCUUCUUCUCUGCGUUCACCAAUUCAACCUCUUCAUCUCUCAUAAUUUCCGAUGUGACACCGCUUCAAUUCCACGCCACUUCCGGUAGAGCAUUGAUUGAUUGAUUGAUUGAGUGAGUGAGUUUCGUGGCGGUCAUGGAAGCGCGUGUCGGCAUGGUGAUCGAAGGGGGAAAACAGAGACCCGUCAACGCCGACGUCGCCGCCGCCGCUAAGUUGUUGCCGCAGCAGAAUAACCAGCUUGGAACUGUGAAUCAGCUUCUGGCUGGUGGUGUCGCCGGCGCUUUCAGCAAAACCUGUACCGCACCCCUUGCGCGCCUCACUAUCCUUUUUCAGGUCCAAGGGAUGCAUUCUGAUUUUUCAGCAUUGAGGAAGCCUAGCAUAUGGCAAGAGGCUUCACGUAUUAUCAAUGAAGAAGGGUUUAGGGCAUUUUGGAAAGGCAAUAUGGUGACCAUUGUUCAUCGUCUCCCUUAUUCUGCAGUCAGCUUCUAUUCCUAUGAACGCUACAAGAAUUUAUUUCAUUCACUGAUGGGGGAGAAUUAUAGAGGAAGUUCCAGUGCAAACCUCUUUGUGCAUUUUAUGGGUGGUGGUUUGGCGGGUGUAACUUCUGCUUCUGCCACGUAUCCUUUGGAUCUUGUGAGAACACGGCUUGCAGCACAGAGAAGUACCAUUUACUACAGAGGCAUCUCACAUGCUUUCAGUACCAUCUGUAGAGAUGAAGGUUUCUUGGGUCUGUACAAGGGACUUGGAGCAACAUUGUUGGGUGUUGGGCCGAGUAUAGCUAUAAGUUUUUCUGUCUACGAGUCAUUACGCUCUUUAUGGAUAUCACGAAGGCCUGAUGAUUCUAGUGCUGUGGUUAGUCUUGCCUGUGGCAGUCUUUCAGGAGUUGCAUCAUCAACAGUAAUAUUUCCUUUGGAUCUUGUAAGGCGAAGGAUGCAGUUAGAGGGUGUUGGUGGUCGAGCUUGUGUCUAUAACACUGGUAUGUGUGGGGCAUUUCAGUGCAUAAUUAAAAACGAAGGGGUCCGUGGUUUAUAUAGAGGCAUUCUGCCUGAGUACUACAAGGUUGUUCCUGGUGUGGGAAUUGCCUUUAUGACUUAUGAGACGUUGAAGAGGCUUCUAUCAAGCACUCCAAGUUAAUUAGCAUACUCAGUUGCUGAAUUUCAAUUAUUUGUAAUGCUUAUAGGUUAAGUUAAUUAAAAAAUACAAUUUGACGGGUGUUUGAUUUAACAGAAUAUGCUAGAAAGUGUCAUUGUUAGCAUAUUUUCCAACAAGUUUUGUUGAGGUUUUGUUAUUGCCAAUAUUUUUGUCUGUGUAUAGGUUGUAGCUGGAACUCGAGAGACAACAAUUGUAGUUGUAGGCACAUGAAAAUUUUGGUUCAAAUCAUAUUGUAGUUGGUGAUUAUAUCAACAAAUCAGCUUUUUAUUGUAAA